AGAAGCAGACGUGAACGCCCGUGUCCAGCAGGCAGCCUCGAAACUCGAGCGCACGUGGGUUAACACAUCCGAUUCGUGGCUGCAUCAGCAUACGAUUCGUGGCUGCAUCAACUGAGUCCGUUCCACCAUGGUGUCAGCGCGGUGUUUCGUCGGUAUCGCGUUCGCCUCUUUCGUAGCCAUCACCAGUGCACAGGGGCCCACCUUUCCAACCUCGCACCCUGCAGCAAGAAGGCACGUUACCACAUCGCUGCUCGAGAGAGAGCACAACUCGACUCACGAGAGAGUGUCGUCACGGCAUGGAGAAAGGCGACCUGUCAAAGAGGUCAUGAGUGCUGGCUGCCGUAAGCGAGUCCUCUGUGAGGCAGCUCGCACCCUCACCGACAUGUUCCCCAUUUCGGGUUUCUGGCAAGGAAUCGUCAAAGGAAGGCCGCUUCCGAGAAACGCAUACUUCGCUGCGUGGUCCAGGGGCCUGCAGGACAACGAAUGCUCGGACCUGUACCCCGACUGCUCGGACAGUGCCGCCGGCGUGGUGCUGCCGCUGGUCAACGAGGCCGUGGGAACCAAGGGAGUUGUGACCUCAUUCAUCGACCGCCUGUCCGCCCCCGCUGCAUCCCACGUUCCCAGGGAUCCCGGUGCUCCGCGACCUUCGCUGGUCAUGGAGAAGCUGCGGCAGUACAGACGACGCACCGACGCCGACAGGGCUCGCGCGGUGUCCGAUGUAUCCGCACCACCUCAAGUAUAAGUUCACUCAGCAUUUCAGGAAAGAAACACAAGAUUGAGCACUGUACAUA